AUGUCGCAGCCUCCUGGUCUCUUCAGUGUUCGUCGCCCGCGCGAGACUCUGGGUAAUAUCACGAAUCUCUCAGCCAUCCCUCAACCAGCUUCCACUGUCAAGCGGGCUUCUUCAAGCGCCGACUUUCACACAGCGCAGCAUGUCCGAUCAACCUCAAUCAACCACAGCAUCCAGCGCCCUGCGCAACCUGUGUUCCAGCGAUCAUCCUCUGGAGGGAACUUGGCAGAUAUGGGCAUGUCAACAGCACGGAGAUCUACAUCAGUCAACAUAUUCGCUAAUCAACAUACUGGCCGGCAAAGUCUUGCGCCGAACCAACUGUUUGGCUCACAGACGCCGGCGACUCAAAGCCUCCAGAGGAGAAGCAGCAUAUUCUCUCGUCCUCCUGGCCAUGCGCCAGCCGUGCACCAGUCCUUCUUCUCACAACCGCCGCCCGCUGCUGGCGCCCCGAAAGACCCGCGACCUCUCCGAGACGGCUCGUAUAGAGCGCGCAUCAGUCAAGAACUUCUUGACUACCUGACCCAGAACAAUUUCGAGCUCGAAAUGAAGCACUCGUUGACCCAGAAUUCAGUCAAAUCACCAACACAGAAAGAUUUCACGUUCAUGUUCCAGUGGCUGUACAGACGGAUUGACCCAGGCUACAAAUUUCAGAAAAGCAUUGAUGUCGAGGUCCCGCCCAUCAUGAAACAGCUCAGAUAUCCCUACGAACGAGACAUUACGAAGUCUCAUCUGGUCGCUGUAGGAGGACAGAACUGGCCCCGCUUUCUAGGCCUGCUGCAUUGGAUGAUGCAGCUCGCUCAGAUGCUGGACAAUUUCACGCGGGGCGCAUACGAUGAUGCAUGUGCUGAGGCCGGCGUUGACGUGGCCAGCGAUCGCAUAGUAUUCCGCUUCCUGUUCGGCGCCUAUCAAGACUGGCUCCAGAUGGGACCCGAGGACGAUGAGGAAAGCGAGGAGGCCGCGCUGCAACCGCAUAUUCAAGCUCUAAACGAAGAGUUUGAACGUGCCAAUGCCAAGCAUGCCGAAGAGUUGAGACUUUUCGAAGCAGAACAUGAAGCCUUGAAAGCACAAGUCGACGAAUUCGAGCGAAAUGCACCGGACAUUGCAAAAUUGGACAAGCACUUCAAGAUUCUCGAAGACGACAAAAAGAAGUUCGAAGAGUAUAAUGCAAACGUGCAAGCCAAGAUUGAAAAGUACGACUCACGCAUAAAAAUCCUUGACGCGGAAAUCCAGAAAGUCGAAGCAGACUUGGCCGCCGUCGAGCAAGAACGCCAGGCGCUGCAACACAGCGUGGACCGUCAGGGAUUGAACAUACAAGACAUCGACCGGAUGAACACCGAACGCGAACGGCUUGCAAAAUCACACGAAGACGCACUCGCUACUCUCGACGAGGUGAACAAAAGAGUCCUAGAAAAGGAAGCCGAAACAGCCCGCAAACUCGAAGACCUCGAGGCAACCAUCAAACGCUACAACAGCCUGGGCUAUCAAAUGUCGGUGAUCCCAUCGACAGCGGUCAACGCAAAAGACCAAGACUACGAACUCAGCUUGAAUCUCUCGUCGGACAAUUUCUCAUCUUCGACUUCCCAACGUCGCCGCAGUCGCGCAUCGCCCGUUGAAUCCGAUCGCCUCCUCGCCGACACCAAUACGGGCUAUUCUCCCUCGCAUCUCCUGAACCUGGACCUUCGAGGCACGGUUCGCAACGCGUUCAUAUCUCUGCGCAAGGAAAUCAACGAGCGUAGAAAAGCCCUGUCGGAGUCAGACCUCAACGCGCGUGACUUCUUGGACAAUAUCUCCGAAGCUCUCCAUGAAAAGAACACCGAGAUUGACAAUUUGAACUACCGCGUCAACGAGGCUGGGAGGUUGUAUGGCGUGCUCAAGGAGAACGGGACGACGCAGCACACGCAGCAGACCAGCGCGAUUGAGAAGCUAGAGAAAGAACUCAGUCGCAUGAGAGAAGGUCUGGCUAGGGGCGUCGUAGAGCUCGAGCAGCGCGAGAUGGAGGUCCACAUUGCAUACGAGUAUAUGCGGGAGGAGAGUGCCCGGGUGCGGGAGGAGCUGCACGGCGGCAUCGAGCGGCUUCUGGAGGAUGUGAUUCGAUUCAAGGUCCACGUGCAGAAAGGCCUGGAGGAGUUUGAGGGCUGGGUAGGCGAGGAGGUCGAGGUAGAGCUGUUGGGCGAUGAGUUGGAUAAUAUGACGCUGGAGGCCCAGGAAGGGUCGGCAAAGAAAGAAGACGUGUUUUGA